AUAGUAGAUUGUGUAAUUUCGCUACCCGCACAGUGUUAAAUCAGAUACGAAGCCUACUUACUCUUUGUUCAGCAAGGAUUGUAUGGGCAGAAAUUACAGUGUUGUGUAUGAAAACGUUGUUUUAAUUAUUUUUAUAAUCUGAAAUGAGCUUGUGUUGGAUAUGGUCGCGAGAACACCGGAAAUUCUUUACAAUCGCGGCUGGUCUAGUGACUUUAUCAUAAAGAGAUGCUCAUAACCCCUUGCUCUGGGAAUAAACCGCCAUGGGAAAUAGUUAAUGGUCAAUUCUGUAUUAAACAACAAAGAAAAGCAUCGUGUUCGUGUUGAACUGUAGGAAGUUUAAAACAGCGCCGCUUGGCAGGCAUGAGCAGAGCCGAUUCUGCAGAAAAUGAGGAUUGGACGUGAGCUACGUGAGCAUCCAGGAGUAGACGUCAUGACAUGGAGAGACUGGAAAACAAGGACCUUUUAAAUGCACACGGGCGCGAGAGUAUCAAUUCACCGCAAGAGAGAGUCGCGAAUGGCUGUUGUGAGUCUCGCGCUGUAAAUAUAAUGGGUCUGAACGCGACCACUGCGGAGGAACUACUGGCUGGACAUGCGUCUAGAUCUGGAUCCGGGGUCACGCUUUUGAAGGAGUUGAAGAGUGGGUUGCCUUUAUAUAAUGGUGGUGGAGCAGUGUCCCCUUCACCUACAGCUGAAGGAAGUUAUCAUGAUGUCCCUGCGCUGAAGCAAAACGGGUGUUUGCAUCUGAAUGGACUGGUGGAGAACCCCCAUGGGGGCCUCCCUUCUCACAGGGACACACUUUUGAAGGAGUUGAAGAGUGGGUUGCCUUUGUAUAAUGGUGGAGGAGCGGUGUCCCCUUUACCUAGAGCUGAAGGAAGUUAUCAUGAUGUCCCUGCGCCCAAGCAAAGCGGGUGUUUGCAUCUGAAUGGACUGGUGGAGACCCCCCAUGGGGGCCUCGCUUCUCACGGGGACAGGACUUCAAAAAGACCUUGUGGAGAUGUGCGAUUCAGACAACUCCAGCACCAGAGGAGAAAAGAUGAGGAAAACAGAGACUUCGGGGCCCAUAGUGGUUGUCCCGGAAUGGGGUCCUCGGAAACGCCCAAUGUACCGGACUCUCCUUCACUUGAAUGCAAAAGGAGGAGGUUUGAAAUGGGCCUUAGAACAGACUCAAGUAAAAGCACACAGGCUGUUGCGCCCCUUGCAGCCAAUCACCAACACAACAACAGCUCCCUGUCAUCCCCCAGUUGGGUCCACCACAAUGGGCACAAAGCUGUAAUGAACCAUGCGGCCCCGGGGCAGGCUGAGUUUCGAUUGGUGCCACCUGUGGUGGCCCCCAGUGCAGGCUGGUCCCCAGAGCACAUGGCUCAGCAGUACAUAGUUCCCUGUAUGAAGUAUUACGGCAUUUGCGUCAAAGAUGCCUUCCUGAGCGAUCGACUGGGCGGUAGGGUUCUAGAGGAAGUGGAGACACUAAAUCACAGCGGAAAGUUCAGAGGCGGCCAGUUAGUCAGCCAAAAGAGCAUCCCCUCUAAGAACAUCCGUGGUGACCAGAUCGCCUGGGUCGAGGGCAACGAGCCGGGCUGCGAGAACAUAGGAGUCCUCAUGGCUCACAUCGAUGAUGCCAUCAUGCGCAGUGCGGCCAGUGGGCAGCUGGGAGAUUAUGUCAUCAAUGGCCGCACAAAGGCCAUGGUGGCGUGUUACCCUGGCAACGGAACAGGAUAUGUUCGGCAUGUGGACAAUCCUAACGGCGACGGGCGCUGCAUAACCUGCAUCUACUAUCUGAACAAGGACUGGGAUGUGAAGGUUCAUGGAGGUUUAUUGCAGAUCUACCCCGAGGGUCGUAAUGUUGUUGCCAACAUCGAGCCUCUCUUUGACCGUCUGCUCAUUUUCUGGUCGGAUCGCCGGAACCCACAUGAGGUGAAACCAGCUUUUGCCACCCGCUAUGCCAUCACCGUCUGGUACUUCGAUGCAAAAGAGCGGACUCAAGCUAAAGAGAAGUACAGACUGGCUGCAGGACAGAAAGGAGUUAAAGUGCCCGUCACACAGAGCAGCAAGACCUGAAUAUCAGCCACUCAAGUGUGUCCUGUUCAUGUGUGUGGCGGCCCGUGCUUCUGCCCGAUUGGACGUUUUCAAGAGAAGACGCAAGAAGCCCAACAAUCACGGCUCUUUCUGUGGCCUCAAACAACAAGUUUGAUUUGAUUGGAUGAACACGGGACUGUUUUUAAAUGAACACCCCGACCCCGGUUUCUCAAACUUGAUGGUCACGGCACUGAAGGGCUGGCAGGAAUGGCCUGUUUUCCCUCAUCCCGAGGAAAGUUAACAACAGAAACAUUACCAAUGAACUUCAGCUACUAGUAUUUUGAGUAAUUACUGUAUUAAAAAAAAGAUUUUCAAUCUCUAAACUCAACCCUUGCUUUUCACGACAAUACACCCCAGCGUGAAGUGAGAUUUUCCAGCGGCCUUUGUCAUAUCUUGUUCAGUGAAUGUGUAUCCAGCUUAACACUAGACAUCUGACUUAUACGCCAGUGCUCAGCUAGAUCAUGAAAACUGACAUUAAAUACCCAACAAUCAUAUAUACAUGAAUGCUUCAGUGGACAGAAUCCCUUUAAGAUUGAGCCUCAACCCUAGGAAACAUUCAGGGUGAAUUCACUCAGCGCUGAACAGCGCCCCCUGAAGGUGGCAAUUUUCACAGUUGGCUUUGCUGCAAUAAUUAUGUGAAUCUGGUAGCAACCAAACACUGCAACCAGCAAAUUUGAAUGCUGCAGUUCCCCAGUUUUCAGUAUGCAUUCUUUCGGCUAGUCUGCGCUGUUUUUUAAUCGUCUAUGCCGUUUCAUCACAUCUCUGAGUUUUUUUCUAUUUUAUUUAAAUCCACUCGAGCCGCUUUUUUUCGUAAGAUGCUGCAUCAAGUUAAAUGUAAUUCAACUUUGAUAAACACAUCCAGAAUGUGUGUGAACACCCCCAACCUUAAUUUCUAAUGGUUUUCUGGGACUGUAUUGUACUUUGGGAUGUACCGAUAUAAAAAUUAUGGCCGAUAAUGAUAAGCGAGAACAAACGUCUAAAUAUUACUUUUAUGUUAUAGAUGAUAACUGAUAAAUUGACCAUAUUAAAAUUUGAUAUUUAAUAAAUAUCUGAUAAUAUUUGAGACAGUUAUACAAUUUUUGGUGGUUUUAAAGAAGUUUAAGUGUUGCAACAAAUAUGAUUAAAUGUAAAAGUAUGAAAAUGA